UGACCCUGAGCACGCGCACCAGAGACAAUUCGGUCUGGCUCAGUAAUUUGUAUGUGUUGUAAACUUGAAACACCCCGGGUGCACUGAGCUUAUCGCCAAUCAUUUUAUCACAGAUUAAUCUUUCACGCCGGCCCCGGGUUCCAUUCGUCGAAUAUUGAAAAUGAGAAAUCCUGGCAGCGUUUGGCCGCGUUCCGCCAACCUGUCUGCACAUGACGCAGAGAGUGGACUACUUAAAGGCGGAUUAACGCUGGCAAGACAUUAAAUCCAACCUCCCUGCAUCCAGACACAGCGCGCGACUCAUCAGUCUGAUCUUAAGAUCGACAAUAGGAGAGUUUAUUGUAAUCAGCCUUUCGGACUCCCCAAGACAACGAGAAAGUGACAGCGUCACGCGAGCGCUCGGGCAGACGCACAGAACCCUAUUGCACGACGCGCGAGAGAGGAGGGCAGGACAGCUGCGGGCUCAUGAUCAAUGCAUUUGUCAGAUAACCUCCGAGCCUCUGGAGAGUGACAACGACCAAAAACCCAGGGAAAUAUUUUCCACAUAUUCGCCAGAAAGUUCGUGCAGUGUGCCGUAGACUCUCGCCUGCUCCGGAUGAACAACAAUGGGGGAAUGGACCAUACUAGAGAGGCUUCUGGAGGCUGCUGUCCAGCAGCACUCUACUAUGAUAGGAAGGAUCCUACUAACUGUGGUGGUGAUCUUCCGGAUUCUAAUCGUAGCAAUAGUUGGAGAGACGGUCUAUGAUGAUGAGCAAACCAUGUUUGUUUGUAAUACCUUACAACCUGGCUGCAACCAGGCUUGCUACGACAAGGCAUUCCCAAUUUCACACAUUCGAUUUUGGGUUUUCCAGAUCAUAAUGGUUUGCACCCCGAGUCUUUGUUUUAUCACAUACUCGGUGCAUCAGUCAGCGAAACAGAAGGAGCGACGGUACUCCACUGUCUUUCUGUCCCUGGAUAAGGAUCAAGAUUCAAUGAAACGAGAUGACAGCAAAAAGAUGAAAAACACCAUUGUGAAUGGAGUACUUCAGAACACAGAGAACUCCACCAAAGAAUCCGAACCCGACUGUUUGGAAGUCAAAGAGAUCCCAAAUUCAGCCAUGAGAACUACUGGGAAGUCUAAAAAGAGUCGGCAAGAGGGUAUCUCGAGAUUUUACAUAAUUCAAGUGGUUUUCAGAAACGCGCUGGAAAUAGGGUUUUUAGUGGGUCAAUAUUUCUUGUAUGGAUUCAACGUCCCGUCGGUGUACGAAUGUGAUCGAUAUCCAUGCAUAAAAGAUGUCGAGUGCUAUGUUUCCAGACCAACAGAGAAGACCGUGUUUCUAGUCUUCAUGUUCGCGGUCAGUGGCUUUUGUGUGUUGCUGAAUCUGGCAGAACUCAAUCAUUUGGGGUGGAAGAAAAUCAAAACGGCGGUGCGAGGAGUGCAGGCGAGGCGGAAGUCCAUUUAUGAAAUCAGAAAUAAGGACUUGCCCCGAAUGAGUGUGCCUAAUUUCGGCCGUACUCAAUCCAGUGACUCUGCUUAUGUGUAGCACAUGGAGAGAGUUACCGAAGGGACAAUGUGCGAUGUGUAAAGAUUAAACCAAGAUGAACCCGGGAUGUACAGCUCCUCACACCUCAUCCGUUUCUUGACUUAAACGAGUGGGCAGAUUUUUUUAUUUGUUUGUCUUUUAUGGACUCCAAUGGCAAGCCUGGAUUCCACGUUUGUUGACUUAUUACAUUGCACUGAUUCAACUUUGUAGUGACGUUUAUACUAUGUAAAGCGCUACAUUUAGAUCAUGUCGACGUGUUCACGCAUUUACUCUACUGUACUUGAAGAGUGUAAAUGCAAAUUGCACUAAGAGGUGAACACCGGGGAGCCAAACCGAACCCGAUACGUGCUAUUGACAGUGUUUCAAAAACAGUUUCAAACCGAUUUUUGACAACAAUCUAUUUAAGAAACACAAUACACCGGUUGACUAUGUGUUCGAAGGAAAAUCUAUUAUCCAUAUUUAUAUAGGCAUAUGCCUAUCUCCAGAUGUAUAUAGGCAUAUGGGAUAAAUAUAUAAAUCAAUUUUGGCUAGAUUGACCUAGUUGAAAUACAUUAGCUUCAUUCGUGUUUUUUGUUGCCUGUGUUCGCACCACUGACCUUUAACGUAUGUAAUCAUUCCAUUGCUAUAUGGCUGACUUGCAAAACAGUAUCUGGUGGAUUUGCUGCAAACGCUAACGUUUGUGACUUCCUUCAUUUACAAUACACCAAAGCGCCCACUGCUUUUAUUUGUGAAAAGUGUUUUCUUGCUUUCGUGUAAUCAAGUGCCAUACUUGUACAUAAACAUAUAUAUAUAUAAAUAUAUAUAUAUAAAUAUAUAAUAUUAUUCAACAUGAAAGAUAAUUCCCUGCUUGAAUUAUGCUAAAUGCUGCCCAAUUUUUUUGCUUUAAGUGUAUUUGUUGUGAUUUAAAUGGAAAGGAUAUAUUACAUCUCUCUUUUUAUUUAGAAAAUGACUGGAAAAUAAAUAAUGUGCUAGUCUUUUUUAUAUACUGGAAGAAAACGUUUCUCCACAAUCACAAUUGAUCUCAACUCAAAAUAGCACAAAUUGACCUUUUUAACAAACUAAGGAUGGGCAAGAAGUAUCUGCUCUGGUGCUACAGUUUUUCACAGAAUGGUUUUCAAUGUAACCAAAAUAAACCAGAAGAAACAUCCCUUUCUGUCGAAAAUAAAAGUGGGAAUCAUGUACACCAGAAACGUGUGAGGUGCAGUACUUUUCUGUCUGAAAGCUGAACUGGAAUGUUAGAAUGUUAGAUCCUAUAGCUGCCUUGUCUAGACCAUGGCUUGGUUCAGUGAAAAUGACAAUGUUUGCCACACCCACGAGUCUAUAUUGUUCCAUCCAAUGAGAAAACCCCUAUGAGAGCUUCCUUUGAUGCUAUCAGUAUCUGUUACCAUGUGGGUGUGCUGUAAUUCAUUUAAUUGGGGAUGAUGCUUCCAUGACAAACAUGAAUACUGCAUGUCCCAUUACAGUGUGCCCUGGGAAGCCCUAAUGUGAAAUGCAUUCUAACAUGCAUGUACUGUUCCUUCCCAGUCUUAGCUGACCUGACCGUGACUGUUCACAUGGCUGCUAUACUGUUAAUGACCUUGUAACCUUGACCAGGAAGCUAUUAGACAGACACACUGCACAAAACAUAGGAUGAUUAAGACCUGAUCUUUAUUGAUAGAGGACUUGGCCUUUUUUGUCCUCCACACAUCCCUUCUUCAGUCAUUUAUAGGAAGAGAGCAAGGGAGCGGCUCCGGACAAAGGGAAGGUCGUGUGAGCCUCAUGAAGGUCACUUAGAAGUAUGGAAAGAGAAAAAGGUGUUAACUGUACACCAACACAAGAGGGAGAGCGAGAGAGAGAGAGAGAAGGGGAGAGAAAAAGAGCGAGAGGAGGAUUCCGGGAUGACCAUCAAGGAGGAUCCGAGGGGGGUUAGGAGGCUAGAUUCUGCCUCUGCCAGGAUGAUUCGGCAAAGCCCAGAGAAGUGCACACUGACACAUCUAUCUCAAACUCAGCAGGGAUGUGAAAAUUCUCCCUAACUUGAGAACUCUGGGGGAAAAAACAGGAGAAGUGCAAUUUGUCUACUUUGCCUGAUGCAAUGCAGUGGCUCACAUGAUCUUUUUUCUUACUCUCUUUCUCUCUCCAUCUUCAUCUCUCGCUCUCUCUAUUUGUCUAUCCCGUCCCUCUCUCGCUUUCAUUUUUUUACUGACCAAAUUACUGUACAGGCCAUCCUGUUCUAUAAGAUUGAAGUGUCCAAUUCCACACAGUUGUCUUCAACGCUUGUAAUGUCAUGGGUGUUCUUUCACUGAGAACUACUAGUUAUACAAGGCUGUUGUGUAAGGGAUCCUACAAAGACUAUAUUUUCACUGUACAUUACUGUAUAUUUACUGUACACUUACUGAAGGGACAGAUGCUCUAAUGCUGUGCUAGUGGUUUCCCUGCAAUAUUCAUCCUGGUAUUUUCACGGCUACUUCUAAAUGCCAAAAUUAUUGGGUUAUGUAUGAAUGCAAUUAUGCAUGCUGUGUUGCAUUUUCCAUCAUGUGAGUGUUGGAAGGCUUGGUUUAAUAUUACAUGAUACCUGUGCUGCUCUUUAUUUCCUUUGUGCUCAGCUCAUGACAGCCGGGCUAAAAAGAAAGAGGACUUUUGACUAUUGACCAGAGAGAUAGCUGGAAGUAGCGAUAGAUGUAAGCAACUCUCCCAGUUCUGGUUUACAGCCUCCCAAGCAAGUUAAACCAGAACGAAAGAAAGAUCACAUUAAUUUGAGUUCUCUGGCAUUUAUCUUGUGCUCGCUUUGGCCCCCACUCUUGACAACAGUAGAUACAUCUGAGCGAGGACUGCAGCUAUUCCAAGGAUCCAAGACAAAUGCUCAGGAAAACAACUAAUUUCAGCUGAUUGCAGGUGCUUAAAGAUACAGGGAGGGAGUUUUACAGGAUCAUUUUAGCCCUUAAUCUCUCUGUCUGGAGAAACACCUCUCAAUUAGAGAGAAUCUUCUCCCUGGGACUGUUAUGGUCAGGGAGAGAUGAGAGGUGGGCAGUGUCCUGUCCUCAUUAAAGAAAAGCUAAUGUUAUUACCAUCCACCACUGCUUCAGUGUAAUUUCUUCCUUCCUGUUCAACACUUUAACAAGGGCCUUGCUGAUGAAAAAAUAUGCACUGUUUACCAUAAAAAUCACCAAUACUAUUUUUCUCAACAAGCCAAACUAAGUCUCCAACCCUGGAUGUUUUUUAUUUAACAUGAGCUGGUUCAGUAUAUGUACUGUUAGUGGAAUGACUUUGAAAGACAUACUGUGAAUUAAAUCCACUUUCUCACCAAGAUGGGAAUAUAUU